AUGCCCCGCCAUUCAUUUUCCAUUAGUUAUUAUUUUGUGCUUGUAGUAGCCGUAAUGGCUGCCUUGACAUCUGCUCAGGGCGUCAGCGAUACUGGUGAAAAGGAUGGAAACGCUAUUUACGAUGCUGCCAAGACGCUCAGCCCUGGCAACUAUGUAUUCAAGUCGGCUACCAGCAAGCAAUACCUUUCAUUCAUUAGCGAAGGCAACCUUGUUGUCCCCAAAUCCUCCCAUCAUCCUCGUGUUUGGGAGAUCCGUAAGCACGAAGAAAAGAGCAAGGCUACCAAAUAUUGGACAGCUCGAGGUCAAAAUAAGGCCGGCAACGAAAAGUGCAUUUCCACACGUUGGACUGUCGGUGAUGGCCAAGGCGGUUACCCCGAUGCUGCUGUGCUCUGGCAAUGCGAGACUGAUACCAAGAAACAUGACACUGGUGGUUAUGACCCUAUUGUUACUGAAAAGCAAUUGUGGCUUGCUGUCCCUGAUCCAAAGCACGAUGGCUAUUUCAAGAUUAUCUCGGCCUCUCACUUGUUUGACAUGAUUCCUACUUGCAUUGAUAGCAAGACUAUCUCUGGUGGCACCAAGCUUACUAAAUGCAAGGUCGACACUGAUAAGAAGAGCCUCUUGUGGAAGAUUACCAAGAUCGAUUAA